AUGCUGGUUUGGGGGAAAAUGAAAGAAAUAGAUACAAGAAACAAGGGGGGGGGGAAUAACGAGGAUUUAAACAAUUUUCCAAAAUUACCAGAAAUAAAAGAAAUAGAUGAAAGUGCUAUAAACACAUUAUCAUUAAAUAUUACAGAAUGUUAUCAAGAUUUUUUAAAUUAUACAAACUAUUUUUUUUUUGAAAAUAAAAAUAAUAUAGACAUUUUUUUCCAAGUAAAAGAAGCUUUAAAAUGCUCAAACUUGUCAUUAACUCAAUUAUUAAAAAAUAUAAAUUUGUUGUCACAUAUUAUAUAUUUUCAAAACAUAAACGAACAAAAUUUAUUAACAUCGAAUGAUAUAGAAUAUAUACAAAAUAUAUUAUAUAAAAAUGAAAAUAAUUAUUCUACUAAUUAUACAAUUCUAUAUAAUUGUAUAAUAUUUUUAACAGAAAUAAUAAGAUUAAGUUCUCAUAUUGGUACAAAAAUUUUUGCUUAUUAUCAAAUAUAUAGAUCUUAUCCAAUAAUCCAAAAACUUUUAUUUAAAAACUUUUUAAUUCAUAAUUUAAAUAUAAAAAAUAGUGAACAUUUUUAUGUCUUAAAAAAAAAUGAGGCAAUAUUUAUUGAAAAUAAUAUAAUAUUAAAUAUUAUUCAUAUGUUAAAUAGUGAAAAUAAAUUGUUAAAAAAUAUAGGAUUAUAUUUAUCUCAUAUAUUUAUUAAUUUAACAAAUCACUGUAAUUAUAUUAUUAACUUUAUAUUAAUUAUUAUUUUUCAAAAAAUAAAUUAUGAUGAAUAUAUAGUAGCAUUUUCUCUUUUUAUUGAUUUCAUUCCUUAUUUGACGCAUGAUGUUUUAUAUUCUGUUAUAAAAAAAAUAUAUAAUUGCAUUUUGAUAAGACGUGGAUAUAUAGAUAAAAAAAUAGAAAUCGAAAAGAGUAGUGAAUUGGUUCCAACAAAUUUAAAUAAGUCAACAAAAUUAAAUAUAUAUAACGUGGAUAAUAUCAAACAAUUAGUAAAUGAUAUAUUUUCUUAUACAGGAUGUAUAUUUUUAGGACGUAUUUCAGUUAUUUUAAAUGAGCUAACUACAUAUGUUAGUUAUUUUUUAUUUAAAAAAUUUUGGACUAUAAUAAAUAAAUUGAUGUCUAUAGAUUAUACAAGUCAUAUUGAAAAAAAUGUUGUAAAUAUAAUAGACACAUAUUUUUAUAGCACUACAAUUUUAAGCUUAAAAAAUAUAUAUUUAUUCAAUUUACAAAUAAUAAUUUUAAAGUUUUUGUUAAAUAUAUCACACACACAUUUAAUGAAAAAAAGAAAAAUACAAUUUUUUACUUUUCGAAGCAUACUAUUUUUAUUAAAAAAAAAAAAAAUUAUUCCAUAUAUAAGUAAUAAAUAUUUAUUAUCUGAAAAUAAACAAUUUUUUAAAACCAAUUAUUUUUAUUAUAUUUACUUUACAUUUAUAUUGACUAUAAAAAAUAGUGAAAUUAUUCGAUGGUUUAAUUUGUUGGAUCUAAAUGAUGAAUUUACUAAAUUCAUGUUUGUUCAAAUUAUUUAUGAAAUAUGUACCAUUCAAAAUUAUUUACAUUUUUCAAAAAUAAAACAAAAAAAAAUUAACACAAAUCACUGUUUUGAUAACACAUUUCUUGACAAAUGCUCUAGUAAUAUACAUGAUAUUUAUUUCGAUGUUUUUGUCAAUAGAUUUAUGUCCAUAUUGAAAAAUCAUCAUUUCGAAAUGGACAAAAAAACGGACAAAAAAAUUGGCGAAAAAAUGGGCGAGCAAAUGGACAAAAAAACGGGCGAACAAAUGGAAGGAAAAUUCAAUUUUACUAUAAAUAUAAAUGGUGAAGAUAAAAAUAAUGCGAAUAAUAAUUUAAAAAAUGAAACUGUGAAAAAUGUUAGAAAUCCCAUAAAACAGUAUAAUGAAAAAAACCUAGAUGUAGAGAAAAAAAUCGAUUAUUUUUUUGAAAAUUUAAUGAAACUAGCUAAAGAGAAUGAAAAAAAAAAAAAAUUGGUUGUAAAAGAAUUAGACAUUAAUUUAAUUAUAAAAAAAAACACUAAAAAAAAAAAAAAUGAAGAAAAGCCUGAAGAACAAAAAAAAAAAAAAAAAAAAUUAAAAGAAGAAAAAGAAAACUGUAACUAUCUUAAUUUCAGUACGAAUCAAUCAAAUUGUGAUUCACAAAUUGAAAUAAAUAACAAUGUUCAAUCUAUUUCACCAUGUACUGAUACAAAAAGUGAUGAAUACACAAAUUAUAAAAUACACACAAACGAAGAAAUAAGCUCUAUUGACAGUUCAACAAGCAAAAAUAGUUUUAUAAGUGAAAUAAGUAAUAACAUAAAUAUGAUAUCAGAUAAUGAAAUAAAUAACAUAUCAUCUAAUAUUUUUAUAAAUAAUAAAAAUUGUAAAAGAGUUGAAAAUUAUUUUAUAUAUUAUUGUUUAUAUUUAUUAAAAAAAUAUAAAAUAAAAUUAGGGAAUUUAUUUCACAAAGAUACUCUAAAUCAUCGUCAUAUUUUUGGGAAUGAAUAUUUAAGAUUUAAACAAAUUAUGAAAACUCGAAAAAUUGAAAAGACAAUAGAAUCUGAUAACCUUGAAGAAAAUUUAAGUGAUAUUUCAUAUCCUAAUAAAGAAAAAAUAAACAAUUUAACUAUAAACAAAAUAAUGUUUAUAAAAAUGUUGUUUUUUUUAUAUAAACAUAGUAAAUCUAUAUUGCUAAAACUUCAUAUAUUAAAGUGUUUAUCAAUUUUAUCCAGAUAUAUAAUAUUCAAAAACGACGCUAAAAAUAUGGUUACAAUAUUUAACAAUUUUUUUUUAUUUCUAAACAUUGUAAAUUUUAAUGGACCGAACAAUAAUUGUAUUCGAAAUUUUAUUAUUGAUAAACACACUAAUCAUAGAAAUAGUAUAUAUACACAACAUUUAAAAAAAAAAAAUGAUGAAAUAUAUCAUGAUCAUCAUUUUGAUAAUAAUAUUGAAAACUGUCAAUAUAUUCGAAACUGCCAACGUAUUCAAAAUCAAUAUAAUAAUGAUUUGAUUUACACAUCUGGAACUUCUAAUAUGUAUAAUGAUUCUUUAUCUUUGGAUAAAUCUAACUUAAAUGGAAAUAAUUUUGAACAAAUUUUAAAUGGGCUUAAAAAUGAUACAAAUAUUUCUAUACAUUCUGAAUAUUUUAAUUUUUAUGACUAUUACAAGGAUGAAAUACCCAACAGUUUUAUCUACACUUUUCUAAUAGAUAUUAUAUGUAAAUUAAAAAAAUGCAAAAGUAACCCUAUUUUAAAAUUAUUUUUUCAUAAAUUUUUUAGUAAUAAAUUUAUUCAAGCUUUUGAUAUAUUUUUUAUUUUAAAAAAAGAACAUAUUAUGGAAAUUUUAAAAGAUCCAUUUUUUUAUUUGAUAGAACAGAGAGAAAACCAAUCAGAAGAUAUUGAUGGUAACAAUGUGCUUGAUGAAAAAAAACAAAAUAAAUGUAUAUAUUUUAUCAAAAAAUCUAUUUUUUAUAAAACAUUUCAUCUUUUUCAACUUGAAAAAAGCAAUUUUAGAAAUGUAAAGUUGCUUUUUUAUUUUUCCUUUUUCAAUUUCCACAAAGACAAAGAUAUCAUACAUGAAAUGCGAAAAAAAACAAUUAUAUUUUUAACCAUUUUAAAUAAUAUAUUUUAUUUUGAUAACGCACACACAAAAAAAAAAUUAUGUACAAGUCAGGUAAAUUCACUAAGCCCAGAAUCGAAAAAUUAUAAAACACAAAAUGAAAUAGAUACAAAAAAUUCAUUACGAAAUCUGAAAUCAUUUGGUACUUCAAUUUCUGAUAACAAUAGUGUCAACGACAUUGAAGUUAAUAUAACUGAUAAAAUUUCAUGUGAAAAUGAUAAUUAUAUGAACGAGUCGGAUAGUGGUAUAACAACAUGGGGAAGCUCAACUAGCUAUUCGUCUAUGUCAUAUUCUGAAAUUUAUUCAUCAUAUUCUUAUUCAGGUGAAAAAUCCGAAAAUUAUGAUGACAUAUAUUCCAUUUCAUCCAUUUCAAAUAAAUCCCUUAAAAAUAGGCUAAUAAAAAAUUAUAAGAACUUGGAGAAUAUAGAGAAAUUAAAUUCAGAAGAUUAUAUAAAAAUAAACAAUUUAAAAAAUGAUCAAAAUAGCAAUAUUAGUCACUGUUCUCAUUUUUAUCUGUACAGAAUAGGAGUUCUUUGCAUACGUGCUGGAUAUUUUAAGUAUGGUUAUAAAAUAUUUGAGAAAUUAUAUUUUUUAGUAAAUAAUAGAGAUAUUAAAUUGUGGUUUAAAGCUUUGGAACAUUAUUCCAAAUUUUAUUAUAUAAAAAGAAAAGGUGAACAUGAUAAUAAUAAUAAUAAUAAUAAUAAAUUGGCAUAUCUAUUAAGACCUAUAAAAUUCUUAGAAAAUUCUGAACAGUUCAUAAAAAGUAUAUAUAAAUUUAAAGAUAAUUUUUUCCAUCUAGCUAUUUUUUUAAAAAUACAACUAAAUAUAUAUAAAGCAAUUGACAAUUUAUUAACCCUUGUAAAUGAUAUAAAAGACGGAAUAAAUUUUACUUUGAAUUAUUUUUUUUAUAAUAUAGACAAACUUAUUUCGUCUUUAAAAGAUAUAAUGAUAACUAUCUUAAUUAUAUUAAACAUUAAGCAUAUAUGUUCAAUACUAUCAAAAAAAAUACUAGGUAUAUAUAUUGUUUUAGUCAAAUCGUUAUUUUUGCUCUGCAUAUUUUUAAAACAUAAGAUUGUACCCUAUUUAUUUUUAAGUCCAUCAUUUUUAAUAAAUACAUUCAUUAAUCGAGAAUUAAAGCAAAACAAAGAAUAUGACGAAAAAGAAGACAAAACAAAUAAAAUGAUAUGCAAAAAUUGUGAUGAAGAAAGCGAUACAAGCAGUAUACGGAGUAUAGAUGAUAUGGAUAAUUAUGAACAAGACAUGUCAAAUAUGGUAAUUUAUUCAAUCCCAAAUUUUAUACGAUUUUAUAUUCGUAAGAAAAAGGAAAAAAAUAUUAGAAAACAAAUAUUCUCAAAAGAAUUAAAAAAUGCAGAGGGAAAACCCUUCAAUGAUGUUUUUGAUUAUAUAAUGGCUAUGUGGGAUUUAAGAGCAUUCGAAUUUUUUUUUUAUGAACAUGUUCAAAAUUUGAGAGAGAUAUACGAUAAUUUAUUUAAAGAUGGAAUAAUAAAUAAGAAUAAAAUUAUAACAUUUAUAAAAAUAUAUUUAACAGUCAUAUAUAAAAUUAAUUAUCCAACUCCUCCCAUAUUCCUAUCAUCUCAACUUGUACCGUUUGUGGAAAGUUCGACAUAUAUUUACAGAUCGAAUACGGGCAAGAAGCUUCAUGAAAUCGAAUCGAUGAAGUGCAUUGGUCAGCUCGUAGGGUCAAAGAGUGCCACAAUAUCAAGUUUCCAUUAUUGUAACAUUAAACUUGUUUUUAAAAAUAAUAUAAUAAAAGAGACAAAUGUAAAAAGCCGAGGCAUCAAGGUGAUAUAUACGGUUCAUAUAAAAAUAGAAGAUGAUGACUUGAAAUAUUUUAAUAUAUUUUUAACUCCCCUUGAUAAAAAAAAAAACCUGAUUGGUCAGGCAAAAGCAACCGUUUUUUUUUUAAAAUACAUUUGA